AUGGUGGCAAUACCGGAAGCGAUGCACUUCUAUACCGGCAGCCUUUUCUCCAACUCCGGACGAGCACGCGAGGAUGAAGAAAUUCGAAUUACGAUUCAUAUCACCGGGGCUCUAAGCUACCAAAAAUACAUCAUCAAACUAUACCGUGCUCUCAUGACCUUCGGCACAACGCCUCGAGGAGUCGCUGCGCAUGACCGCCCCCAUUCUGGAGAUGAAGAGCCAAUUUUGUGCGCGGGCGAAGACAUGGAUGUUGGCAGGUUAAAAGGCAUCCCUGACAUAUACAAGGAGGUGUUGCAUGAUGUUAUUGAUGGCGAGGAAGCUACCGAGUGA